UCUUAUAGUCAUUAUAGCCAUACAUUAUAUUUAUACAUUACAUAUAAAGAUAAUGAGUGUUGGAAGGCUAUCGUGUAAAAGCAUUUUGGAUUUUGCUGAAACUUUUCUCAAUGUGCAAAAAUCAGGGUCACUAGACAAAGAUUGGUUUUUAAUUAACCAAAUGUUUGAUGUAAACAUAUCGUAUGGGGAAAUGCAUAUACCAAAACCAUUUUAUUCAAAAAUCCAAAAAUGGUUUGGUAAAAUUGAUGACAAAAAUGCAGAGGAAGCAGUGUUACGUGUGGAAAAACAAACUAUAGUUCGUGUUGUGAACAAAUGGACUUAUCAGCAAACUUUAUUUAACCCACUUCGAUCAUGUCGCCCAAUGAACAAUAACUUUGAAAAUAGGUCUUAUACAGAUAUUUCUGAUGAAUUGCAAGCUAUACCUGAUAAAUGUGAUUUUUGCUCACCGCUAAGUUAUACAGCUAUAGAUCUUUGGGGAAGGAUAGAGCGAGAGACAUGUUUAACAGCAUCGAAUUGUGCAAAGUAUGAUGGCCAACACAGUCUAGUUAUUUUUAAAGACCAUUCUCCUCUGAAAUAUAACAAAGAAAAAUUAUAUGAUAUUAUGAGUAUAUGUGAAGAGUGGUUUCAGUGUGCACAUAAUCAAAAUCCGUCAGCAAUCUUUCCGAUGUUCAAUUGGAAUUGCAAAGGGCAGGCAGGUGCAUCACAGAGUCAUGGCCAUGCGCACUUAUUAUUGGCUGAGAAGUAUCAUUUUGGGAAAUGGGAAUUUCUGAAAAAUUGUAAUGAACGUUAUCAAGAUGAAUAUCCUGGCAGGAACUAUUUUUUGGAUUUGAUUCAAAAUAGUAAAGUGUUAGGUUUAACUAAAACCAUAGGAACAGCUCACAUUCUGACAAAUUUAACUCCGACUUUCGGUUAUGAUCUUCUCAUUAUCAGUUGGAACUUUGAUAACGAUUUUCGAGAUGCAAUAGAUAGUGGUUUGAAAACAUUGACUAAAAGGUUCAAGUCAGUUACAUUUAAUGUGGGAAUUCAUUUUCCUCCACUAGAAAAUGGAAAGCUACGCAAGAGAAUGGAUUUAUCAACAAUGCAAGAUAUGCUUACAAAAAAGAAGCCUAAUAUGCCAUACAUAUGCUACAUGGUUGAUCGAGGUGACCCUAGUAAUAAUCGCUAUACAUCGGAUGUUUGUGGCAUGGUGCUGAGUGGAAGCAGUAUUGUUUCACGUGAUCCCUUUCAAAUUGCUUCAGUUGUAAAAAUUCCUGAUAUUUUAUGGGAAUAGUGAGUUGCACUAAA